AUGGAGCCACGAGUGGCGUUGACUGUGCUUCACUGGAACCACACGGUGGACCGGGUUGUGAAGGAGUGGCGCAUUCGUGUACGCAAGGCAACUCGAGUGAGACGGGAAAAAAAUGACAGGGUGCUUGGGGCAAUGGAUUGGAGUUGGGUGGAUGCGGUGAUGGACCGAUGGUCCAAAAUUCGAGAAGGGGAGGAUGGAGUUGAAGGAGAUUGUGGCGACGAGGAAGUGGAAGCGGAAUUGAACAUGGAGGAAGAAGAGGAGGUGGUGGAAGAGGACGACGAGGUGGUAUUGGAGGAAGAGACGGUGUUGGAGGAGGAAGAGGAGGGGGUGGAGGAAGAGGAGGUGGUGGAGGAGGAAGAGGAGGUGGUGGCAUUGGAAGAGGAUGGGGUGUCGAACCAGGUGGUAAGGGAGGAGGUAGAGGAAGAGGAUGAGGGGUUGGGAGUGGCAGUAGAAGGUGGGAGGGAGGAGGGACAAAUCGCGGAUGAUUUGAGGAGCAAGCCUGCAAGAGUGGGGGUGCGGGGUGUAGAGGUGGAGUUGUUGGGAAGGGAGAGGGCUAGUGGUGCACGGUCUACAGGUGUUGUGCACAUUUUGGACAGGGAUGUGGGAGAGGGAGGGGCGUCAUACUUUGAUGGUGGACGGUCACCCAUUGACUCGACAUCUUCCGGGCGGGGAGGCGAGUUCUGCCUCUUGGGCACGUAG